AUGGAGCUCUUGCACGAGAGAUACCGGCUCGAGCUGGCUCUCAAAGACCUUCUCAUCCUUCGACGGGAGUCGAGUUUCAUCGUUCAAUCACCCAAUUUCAGACCAUUUUGGGGGCGUCUUUACCAGGAAUGGCGCCAGAAGUCAAGCGUUACGACUCCUCGACGCCCUGGUAGAGCUCCGAACCCCUGGCGGAGAGGUGGGUUCGGCUUUCAGACAUAUCAAUCGACGGGCCGUGUCAUAUAUCAGCAUGCUCUGACGCUACAACUGCAGAAUUGUAAACUUGUUUUCAUCACGCAUGACGUCGGAGGUACUCUGGUCAAAGAAGCGCUGGUCCUGGCCAGCCAGAAUCCCGAGAAGUAUGCAACGAUCUUUCUGCAUACCACGGCUAUAGUGUUCCUAGGCUGUCCGCAUCGAAGCGACGGCUCUUAUGAGCUUCGAAGAGAUCUGAUCAAGAUCCUGAAGCUUGGAGAUAUUGGAACCAUAUGCGAGUCAGAUGCGUGGUCAGUGACCCAUGGGCUGGCGGAUUGGGUCGAAGAGGUCAACUCCACCUUCGCCGAGUCCAGGCUAUCGAUUUGGGCCACUAUGUUCAGUGUAUAUUCAAGCCAUUCAGAACCAGCGCUCCAGGUCUUCGACGAAUAUACUGCGACGACGGCGCUGCCAUUCGAGGUUCGCUUGGCCGCCGACCUGUCCCACCAAGAUCUAGCAAGUGCAUGUGAAACUUACGAAAUUCUGGUGCCUUUGGCAAGGGCUUUGCGGACCUGCGGUGAAGAUCGAAAUUACAUUCUGGCCCUCGCGUCGCAAGCUCCUCCACAGUAUCCACUGGAAGGAUCGUGUCGAAAUCUAGGACGGUAUGAGCAAAUCACCACUCAAAAGAAUUUCCAGGACUGGAAGGACCUUGGUGGAAUACAGCUUCUCCUGCUUCAGCUCGACUCUACCGAUGUUGCCAUUCACGCUGCUGAAUGUCUGUUCCACUAUAUGGAUGACAACAAGGCGUCGAAUGGCACAAGAGCGACCUGCCUCUAUUUCGAAUUCAUAUCGUCUGAUAGUCGACGGAAUUCGAUCGAGUCCAUGCUGUAUGCGUGCUUGGCUCAGACGAUUUCUCGGUUUGACGACAUUGAAGUCGAGGGAGCUGGCUACAAAAGGAUGUUUCGGGCUCUCGAGAAAUUCAUAUGGCUGAAUCGAGAAGAUCUGCUCGCAAUGUUCGUGGAAAUUUUGUUAGACUUGGGUGCAAAAGAGGAAGGAGUCGUUUUGGUGCUGGAUAACCUGCAAGACAAUAUCACGUCUUGCGACUGGUUCUUGACCAAGGUUAACAAGUUGGCUGAAGAAUGUGAAGUCAUGUUCAAGGUGCUUAUUACCUCUCAGAAGGGGGCACAACCGGAACAGGCAGCACUCUGGGCCCGAGCUAGUCUUGAUGGUGAAGCAAGCCUGCAACCUGAGCAUCAAGAUUCUCGAAAAGGCAUGGGGAGGACUGAGAGCGGCAUCGCUCCGGGGAAGUCCAUUGAAGGGACGUGCAAAUUCACCUCGACUGACAACCUCGACCUGGACUUUCUGAGGCUUGUCCAGAGCACACCCAUGACAGAAAGGGACUGUGACCAGCUUUUCUAUCUCCUGCAGGCAUGCAAAGGCGACAAAGAACUGCGAUCAAUGGUUAUCAACUGGCACCGAACCGGGGAUUCGGUUUCUCAUUUGGUAACCCCCGCGUUGCAAGUUGCGCAAUCGACUAGCAUAUCGCCUCCGGUUGUAUUCAAGCUCCUUUUGUCAUCUUUACCUCUGGCAACGGAUCGAUUCUUACACGACGUUCUGAACUUGUUGCUCUAUUCGCUUCGCCCGUUGAGCGUUCUGGAAUUGAAUGAUCUAGUCCAAUGCGAUGAGAAACAGACUGAGAGCCCCGUCCUAUUUGAGACCCCUACCUUCGGCUUUCAUCCGAGGAUUCAGACGACUUUGGGUGGACUCAUAAAGGUCCACCACAAUGAAGUUCAGUUUGCCCAUGCAGACCUUCGUCGGUACCUUUUGUCUGACGAAUCACCUCUGACGGCACCGGCAUGGAAAUCUCAUCAGGAGAUAGCAGAUUUCUGCCUUGAGUACAUCAGCGCUCGAGGCAGGGAUGCCGUCACAGACAAGUGGCCACGACGCUGGUCGACUAUUGCGGUCGAAUGGCGUCACACCUUCUUGGACUAUGCGGUGAAAUGGUGGCCUAGCCACGCCCGCCUCUCCCAAGCUGGAGAACCGUACUGCACUACGCAGCUGCUGGAUUUUUUGGGCGAUGGCCCUGUAGUAGACUGGGCCAAGAUGCACUGGGAGCUCCAAAACCCUUUUACACGGGGCAGCAUUACGAAAGAAAAUCCUUGGGCGAUAAUCGGGAGUUACGGCCUCUCGGAAGCGAUGCGUCAAAUUAUCAAUGACCCGAGACCGUCAAUGACACUUGAUAGUCGGGUCUACCACGAGUGUAUCGAAGCUACUGUCGGCAACAGCGAGCUGGAGGAGGUUGUCGGACUCAUCAACGUGCCGAUUGGUCCAUCUGAAUGCCUGGACGACAUAAUUCUUGCCGCCAUUCGAUCCGACAAUCAGAAAGUUGCCAUGGAGCUAGUUACUGUUGCGCUUCGAGACUGCAACGAAGUUCGCGAUCCAGCCCUGAUCCUAUGCCGAGCAUCUUCGCUGGGACAGACAGCAAUCGUACAAGCACUCUUGCCUUUGGCCAUUGAGAGAGGGCUGAAGAAUGCCACGGUUCUGGGAAUGACCGCUCUGCAGCACGCCUGCUCGAGAGGCAAUCUUGAGACAGCAAAAGUCCUUGUCGCCUACGAUGACAUGACGUUCAAAUUUGAACACAAAGGGAAAGCGCUUGAACUCGCCUGUAGAUUCGGGCAUGCUGAAAUCAUCGAUUUGUUGACCGCGGCUGCAACGUUCCCUCCCGAGCUAGCGAGUUUGUUCGACGCGUGCGUGAAGCUUGCGAUCAAAUUUGGUCAGCAUCGUGUCCUGGACCACCUCCUGACAGCUUUCAAGUCGGUUGAACUCGAAGUAGGCGUGCUGGAAAGUUGGAUGAUUGCAAUAAUCAACGCGAAACAUAGGAAAUGCUGGAACGUUCUCUGGAAGCACGUCAAAGACUUGGUUGAUCCCAACGACAACUGGCACUUCGAAGUCCUGAGGACGGCGAUGAGACUUGCGUUCUCACCGGCAUAUAGCGACCUGUUCAAGGCUGAAGGGACACUAGCAGGCGGUGGCUUUGCCACAUUCCUCGAGUUCGGGUUGGAGCAAGAUUGCGAUUUGCUAGCCAUCGAAGCGCUUGUCGCGGCAGGAGGUGAAAACUGCCCUGCGGAAGAAUAUAGCUGGGCUCUUGAGGAUGGCGUCCAUCUUGCGGUGAGAGAAAACCGAGAAGACGUCGUGGGCCUGCUUAUCCGUGCUGGAGCACCACUUGACAAGACCGAUUCGAGGGGCAGAACUCCGUUAUUCCUUGCAGUUUACAACCAAAGAUCUGGUAUCGCUCGCAUUCUCAUCGAAGCUGGGGCAGGCUUAGAGGAGCCGGACGAUGAUGAUUGGCGGCCGAUUCAUGCCGCUUACGACAAUGUAAUGAUCACUCGUUUAUUGAUCCAGAAGGGAGCCGACAUCAAUGCGAAGACGCACAGUGGAUGGACUUGUCUCUACUAUGCGGCAAAGUGGGACAAAGAGGAAGUCCUCGAAGCAUUACUCGAGCAGAGACAGAAGAUCAAUCCAGACGCCAUUCAGGAUGCAUUGAGCGCGGCCGUCUCCAGACUAAAUACUCGAUGCGUCGGACGCCUCUUGGACGCUGGAGCAGAUCCCCGAGACCUUCCGUCACAAGGGUGCGAAGAACUUAUGAGUGCCGUCAACGGGAGUGCCAAAGACAUAGUGAAAAUGCUUCUGGAGUUCAACCUGGAUCUGGAAAAGGCUAAGGACGUGUACGGGUACUCGGUUUUAAAUCGAGCCGUUCUCCUUACUCGCCGUGAAGAUGAUGAUUCGAUUGUCAAAGCCUUUGUCAACAGAGGGGCCGACCUAGAAAGUGCGAGCAAUGACGGCUACACGGCACUCUGCAGCGCCGCAUGGCAAGACAACCUGGAAAUCGCUCGUUACCUGAUUCUCAAAGGCGCGAGAAUCAACAUCACCGGCGGUCCACAUGGCGGGCCUCUCAUACGUGCAUGUCGUAUGGCGUCCUUGGACAUGGUCAAGCUGCUGUGCAAGUAUGGAGCAGAUACCAAUAUCGUUCAUCCCGGGGUCAACGCCACACCACUCCAAGCGGCUCUCCUGCGCGAUCCGAGCCCGGAAAAGAACAGCAUCAUCAGCUACCUGCUUGAUGAAGCCGAGUACACAGCCGAUGCCAACCUGACCAGUAACUGGUGGGGAGGGCCACUGAACGUGGCGGUCCUCAGCGGGACCAUGGAGGUCGUCAGGCUGUUGUUGAAAAAGGGCGCCAGAGUCGACGGCGUGGACAAGGUUGGCCGCAUGGCCAUCCACUAUGCUCUGUACCGCUCGAUUGACCGGGUGGAGCUCCUCUGUCAGCUUGAACAUGGCGCGCAACUUUUCGAGCCCGACAAAAUGGGUAGGGGAGCUCUCCAUCUUGCCGUAGUCAGCGGGCGACUCGAUUUGGUUCAGUAUGUUCUGCAGAAGGCUGAAGAGAGAGGUCUCGACGUCGUCAACGACAGAGAUCGGGACCACUGGACACCGCUACUCUGGGCCAUGCGGCUGUGCCCACUCUGGGAAGCCCAGUCCCAUCAAAGGCAAGCAAUCCUUGAAGAACUGCUAUCUCGCGGAGCAGAUCUCUUUGCCGAGGGGCUGGGCCUGGACCAGAAGUGGACUGCUCUGAAGCUCGCCAACCACUACGGCCUGCCUCACAGCAUCAUCAAUUUCUUGGAGGCUCGUGCCGCCAAAUUGAAUCGAGCUUGGGACAGUUUGUCCCGGCGCGCGCAAAAGGCCAAACUAUGCGCCGAGGGUUAUUACUGCGACGCCUGUUUCAUUACUGUAGUUGGGGUAUACUACCGGUGUGACCAGUGUGGAGGGUUUUUCUUGUGCUUCAAGUGCUACCGGUCGAGAGAGAUUAUCCAUCCCAGACACCUGUUCACCGAUAGAGGCGAAGAGUACGACUAUGACAGCACAGAUUCGGAUUCGUAUCGAGGGUUGUCUGAAGAAGAACAGCCGGGGGAAAAGCAUAAACUCAUCUUUAAAGUGGUCUGA